CUUAUACCAGAUGCUUUAUUCAAUCAAUUGGUUGAACUUCCGCAAAAUAUGUAUGCUCGCGUAUUGUUGUGCGUUUAAUCUGCCUACUAUAUGUUACUGUGAAAAUUCAGUAGAUUGUUGAAGACACUUUGGUGGCUAGUUUUGAUAUCAUGCCCAGACGAGCAAUUGAUCAGGACUUGCAAAGAAUUAGACUUUGCCUCAAGCUGUUUUUGAAGAAUUAAAAAUAAACGUAGGGUUCAUCAUAUUUCUUUAAUUCCAUGUGAUAGGGGGAGGCAUUGAGAGUUUCUGAUGCUAAAUCAAGGUUCUUUUGUUUGUCCAAGCCAAUGUUGAAAUUCUGAUGCGUACUCCUCUCUAUCACCCACUCAUCAUCUAAAUGAUUCCUCACUCUUAGAAUUUUCGGUCCUGCUUCCAAUUAUGCGACCGAGUGCCUACUCAAUCCAACAAUUGCAAUGUUCAUUAUUAUUCAGAUGAGCAUAUCUAGAAAUUCUUCAACAUUACCUUCUUGGUUGUCAUGCUCCAAAUCCAUAGGGUCGUGUGAUCGGCACUCAAUGCCUUAAACCAGCAUCAAAUGGACUAUCUUUAACACACCAUAUCCAAACUUAACAUUUGUACGCAAUGCAUAUUGCAGUUCAUAACUCAUUCUAUUAAACAUAAACAUUGGUGCUCUCAGCCACAUAACAUAUAUUAAAAAUAAGAAAAUUAAAGCUAGUUUCAUUCAUACAUGCCAUAUGAGUGACCAUAUCAACUAUAAACCAUACCCAACAUUCAUCUAUGAAGUCAUUACAACAAAUUGAAUGAGAAUGAAUACACGGGACACAGCCCGACUAUGCAAAAUAAUACAAACUAGACACCAUUGGAUAUUUACUGAGGCUCACUAAAAAUAUAGUUAAGAGGGUUGGAGAUCUGCCCGUACGAUUUUCACGUGUACUACUCUGUAAAACGAAAACCACGUGGCCAAAGUGUGAGUUAUGAAGGUAAAGUUUUAUAGACCUCCCCCUCCAAAAGGUGGAACAAGUCUUCUGAUAAAAACAUUAAUAUGCAUAUGAGAGAACUUAUAAACAUUUAUCAAACCACAUGAAGUUGUCUUUUGUGAUUGUUAGAAUAAGAAUAGGAAUAUGAUUUGUAUAUAGUAUCCUACAUGGAAAGGGCUCAAGGUAAUAAUGUAGAUACACAAUUCAAUAAUAAUAUUUUCUCCCAUAUUUUCUCACAUGGUAUCAGAGCCAUAAUAGAAUAUCAUCACAGGAACAAUUUUUCCGAUGUGAACAGUACACGUGAAGAGUGUUUCCGGCAGUUCAGCACUAUUUUUUCCGGUGAUGCAGCACUGUUUUCCAAUCCAUUUUUCUUCGGUUGAGGUUGCCCAGAUCUUCCGAGCACUUUAUAUCAGUUUGCAGAGCACUGUUUUCGGCAAAUUUGCAUUUUUUCGGCCACUUUUUAUGACUUUUUUUUUCCCAGCCUGGUGUGUCAGCAAUUCCGCACCUACCCCAGCAGUUAUUUCCGACUUCCGAUCACUUUUAGUUUUCCGGCAACAUUUUCCGGCGGCUGAUUUCUGGCAGCUUCUGGAUCUCUGUUUUCUUAGCACCAUCAGCUAUGUUUUGUCCCUGUUUUGUAUGUCUUUCUUGAAGUUUUGAGCCAUGUCUCUCGGAUAUGAUAUUUUUGGCUCCAAAAGCACGGGAUCGGAACUUCAAGCCCUAGGAUUACUUCUGAACCGUUAAUGGGAAGUUCAAACUAUUUAGCUUGGGCUUGCUCGGUUGAGUUGUGGUGCAAGGGUCAAGGUGUUCAGGAUCACUUAACGCAAAAGGCUAUUGUGGUUGACGAAAAGGAAAAGGUUAGUGACAAAGCACAGUGGGUGAAGGUUGACGCUCAAUUAUGUAGCCUUCCGUGGCGAUCUAUUGAUCCCAAGUUGAUGCCCUUGUUUCGUUGCUUCCAGACAUGUUAUUCAGUUUGGGAAAAGGCUCGCGCUUUAUACACUAAUGACAUAUCUCGAUUUUAUGAUGUGAUAUCUUGGAUGACCAACUUAAAGAAACAUGAAUCAGAUAUGUCUACUUACUUGGGACAGGUACAGGCAGUCUUGGAGGAAUUUGAGCAGUUGAUGCCAGUCACUACGAACGUCAAAGAACAACAGGAGCAAAGACAGAUGUUGUUUCUAGUUCUUACAGUUAUUGGACUUCCUAUUGACCUUGAUUCGGUGCGUGAUUAGAUUUUGGCUAGUCCUACGCUUCCUACAAUUGAUGAAUUAUUUUCUCGUUUGCUGCGUUUUGCUGCGCCUUCUAAUCACAUGAUGGUUUCAUCACCAACCGUUGACUUCUCUAUUCUCACAUCUCAAACCAUAGAGAGUCAAACAUCUCAGUCUGGAUAAUCGACGAGGAGGAGGUUGUUUUUGGAAAAUCUCGAACUAAGUGUAGUUAUUGUCAUAAGUUUGGACCGUUGGACACACUCGCGACGUAUGCCGUGCUCUACAUGGUCCAUUACCCAAUGAUGUUUAGAGCCCGUUUGGAUUGGCUUAUAAGUUGCUGAAAACAACUUAUAAGUUGUUUUCAGCUUUUUUGAGUAUUUGGUUGGCCAGCUUAAAGUCAUUGUGUUUAAAAUAAGCCCCAAAAAAUAAUUGGGUCAGUUUGGCUUAGCUUAUCUAAAGUAGCUUAUAAGCUGAA